GGGCUCCAGGGUCGCAGCGUCGGCCCCUGGGGUCCCGCCCCCCGGGCUCACGGCCGCUGGGGGGCCGCGAGCUUGUCCCGGGCUGUUGGGGGCCGAGAGGACUGGCGAGCCUCUACCUUUUUUCUCGACACGGAUGGAGAGAGGGUUGAAGCAGAGGGACCCUGGGUUCCAGGCACACGAAGAAGAGGGUCUGAGAAGUGACGAAUCCCGGGAUGGAGGAGAGAAACAAGUAGGGGCUGGAGGGCUGGGACGCCGGUGCCCCAAGAAGGGCCUAAAAUGCCCCUUUCUCCCCUUAAGGAACAGAGAUAGGGAAGAUGCAACAACUCUUCAGCCUGGAGUUCUUGAGGACGAGAGGGUUCCGGGCCUGGCUUCUGGAGACCUGCCCCCCAGCCCUGUUUUCAAGCUCCCUUCGGGCCCCCCACCCGAAAGGCCUUUUCUUGUCUGGCCAGGCCAGCCAGCUGCCUGUGAGAUGAUGCUGGGGCUCCAGAGACUGUGUGGAUCAGGCCAGGUCGAGGGGGAGGAGAAACUUACAGGAAUAGGUCUCAGGACAGCUUUUUCAGGGUCCAGGCCUUUUGGUUGCCACCAGUGUGGACUGACUGUAGCUUGUCUCCCGGAUCUGAUUCACCACCAGAGUACCCACCCAGGAGAGAAACCGUACAAGUGUCCUGAGUGUGGGAAGGAGUUUCGAAGGGGCUCAGACCUAGUGAAGCACCACCGUGUACACACUGGGGAAAAGCCAUACCCUUGCCCAGACUGUGGCCGUUGCUUCAGCCUUAGCUCCAACUUGAUCCAGCACCGAAGAUCACAUACUGGCCACAGGCCCCACAAAUGCCCUGACUGUGGUGAGGGCUUUGGCCGAAGCUCAGACUUGGUAAAGCACCAAAGGGUCCAUACAGGUGAGAAACCAUAUACUUGUUCUGAGUGUGGCAAGAACUUCAGUGUCAGCUCCAAUCUCAUCCAACACCAGAGAACUCAUACUGGAGAAAAACCAUAUAAAUGUGCAGACUGUGGCAAGAGCUUCAGCCUAAGCUCUAACCUGCUACAGCAUCGGAGAUCACACACUGGGGAAAAGCCCUAUAAGUGUGCUUGGUGUGGGGACAGUUUUGGCCGAAGCUCCUAUCUGCUCAAACAUCAGCGUUCCCACACAGGUGAGAAGCCCUAUAACUGUUGUGAAUGUGGCAAGAGCUUCACUAAUAGCUCUGACUGUCUACGCCAUCAGCGGACCCACAAUGGUGAGAAGCCCUUCAAAUGCCCUGAUUGUGGUAGAGGCUUCAGUGAGCGUUCCCAGUUCACAGAUCAUCAGCGAAUUCACACAGGAGAGAGACCUUAUUCCUGUUCAGACUGUGGCAAGAGCUUCUACCACAGCUCUAAACUUAUCAAGCACCAGCGUUCUCACACAGGAGAAAAGCCUUAUAAGUGUCCUGAAUGUGGCAAAAGCUUUGUGGAUAGUUCAAACCUCCUUCGGCACCGACGGACCCACAUUGGGGAGAAACCAUAUACUUGUAGUAUCUGUGGAAAGGGGUUCAGUCAGAGUUCCCAUCUACUUAUCCACCAGGCAGCCCAUAGUGGUGAAAAGCCUUAUGUUUGCCUUGAUUGUGGGAAGGCUUUUGCCCGAAGUUCUAAUCUGGUCCAGCACCAGAGAACCCAUCAGGGUGGGCGUCCCUAUAAAUAUCCUACCUUUGGUCAGAGUUUUGACCUUGACCCUGACUUUGUUCAGGACCUUGGGAACUCUUCAGGAGCCGACUUUCUCUGACCCUUAGCCAUUAAAAGUGAUAUAGCCCAGGCCAGAUAUAUUCUGGGUCUCACUGGGGGUGUCCUUUAUGUCCUAGAACAUACUUCCUAUUUUGGGGCAGGGACACAGAUUCCGAGUUUCAAAUAUGAAGACUUCCUCCAUUCCUCCUACCCUGUUAGAACUUUCAGUUAAUUGAUGGGCUAGACUUUAAGGACUAGGAAUACAGGGCUAGGAAAAGAAAAGACUGAGGGAACAUCAUAGCUACUUCCAAAAAUUUAAAUGCUUUUAUAUGGAAAAGUCAUUUGAAAUAGCUCCUGGUGGCAGAACUAAGCCCAAUGAGGAGUUAAUUAAAGCUAUCUGUUUUUACAGGGUCUGAGGUAGUUAGUGAGAGCUUUAAUUUCCUGUUAGCUUUAAUUUCCUGUUACCUUCUCUAAGCAGAGGCUAGAUGACCAUCUGGAAUAUCAUAGUGGAUUUCAUUCCACUAGAAUGGAGGUUGGAAUAGAUUACCUAUAAGGUCUUUUUUCUGAUUUCAUGCUCUAUGAUUCUGUUACUAAGGCUUUGGCAGGGUUUUUAGGACACAUUUAGGCCUAAGCUAAGAUGUCAGGAGUCUUCACUGAUGCUAUGGGAAGGAGCUCUCUGUCAUAGAAGGGAUUAGAUUGAUACUCAGGCCCAACUACAGAGGGCAAAAAACGAGUGGGAUAGUUCUCAAGUGCUCAGCACCUGAGCCUUUAAAGCUUCGAUAUUCUUGGAUUCAAGGGAAGAUGGGUAACUGAAGGUUCCUCUGUUGUAUUGGCCCUUAGCCAAACUACAUGAAAUUUGUUUUCACUAGCCUUAUUGACCUUUCAGAGUUCUUAGGUUGCUACCCACUCACAAAAAGAUGUUUAUAUAUAUAUAUAUUUGCUUCAUCACAUUCAGAUGUUGAACAUUUUGUGUUCUAUUUCCAAGGAAUAGUUGUAGAGCCUUGGGAAGAGUAGUGUUUAAAUCAGAGGGAUGAAUUGCUAAUGAUGGAAUAUAAUCUAGCAAUGAGAUAUUUGGGGACUUAGUGGAGGACCAUUUGCAGACCUUCCCAAGGAACAGUGUUUCCAGUCACAGAUCCAGCCUAUCGCUAUUUCUUGAUAUUAAUACUCCCUCCCCCUCCUCCCCCCCAAUUUGCCCAAUGUAAAAGUCUUGAGAAAUUCAAGGGCUGGUGGUACUGAGGCUGAUUAUGUUCUUCCAUCGAUCUCCAUAGAGACUGCCCUGGGAGGUCUGGAGUGAAUAUGAUAGUUCUGGGCUGUUGCCCUGGUAUAAGGAGAAGAGGCCCUGGGAUCUUUGGAUUUGGGGAGGAUUUUGAUUUGGCCUUUGGCAGUGUUUGAAUGUUUUGGUUCACAGAGCAUAUACGUUGGUUCCCCAAUAAAGAUGAUAUCUGUGACUGAUUAUUCUUGCUUCAAAUUCACUCAUCCAUCUUAUUUUUCUCUAGAGGCUUUUCCCUGUACUCCAACAAAAUGGGUUAGUGGGGCAGGAUAUCAGUGAAGUUAGAGACUCACUUCUGUCAAAUAUUCUUCCUCUGGCCUCAGUGGGUAUCUCUUUCUAAGGCAAGAAAAAGGGUAUUUGUGGUGACUGCUAUUCCCCUGUCUCCCAACCUCUGUAAGAGCCUUCUAAACCGUAGAAGUUCCACUUACAUUAUUUGGCAUUUCCUCCCAGGAGUUCAGAAGGAAGGAGUGUUGUCUCCAUUAUAUAGUUGGGGAAGCUAGUGCUGUUUUCUCAGAUGGUAUUUGGACAGGUCCAAAUCUCCACUGAAGGGUAGAGUUCUAGAAAGAACACUAGAUUGGGAGUCUGACCAGAAUUCUAGUCUCUAUCUGACAUUAAAGAAGUCUCCCAUUUAACAGAUAAGGAAACUGAAGGAUCUAUUUUGGAUGUUAAUGGGCAUUAACUGAAAAGCAUAAAGUGCUAUACAUGUAUAAUGGAUUAAUCUUGUUUGUACAACACUGUAGCAUACUAUAUAUAGUAUUUUGCAUAUGUCACAUAUGGUAGCAUAUAUCACAAUAUAUUUUCUCAGGACAGAUAUUCUUUAUUUUGUAGAAAUAUGGGUACUGCCAGAAUGGUUGGGAAGACCAAAAUUUAAGGAAAAGAAAAAUGUUUGGGACGGGGAUGAUUUAAUUUUGAAAAUAAAAUAAAAUUGUAAACAGGACUACUUUACUGUCUUUUAAGUAAACAAAUGUUCAUUUUUCCUUAGAGAAGAGAAUUGAUUUAUUUGCUCAUUAUUGGUAAGUGUUAACGUUCAGUAGUAAACAUGGAAAGCAAAGCAUUAGAGUGAGAUAGAAUAUCUCCAAUAUCUUUUAGAAUAAGAGUCUUUUCCUCCAAGUCUUGAUGGGAGGAGAGGAGUGCUAACCUGAAGAGUCUGAAAUUCUAUAUGAUUAGGCCUCUGAGAGGAAAGGGUGGGGAUUCAUGAAAAUAUAACUACCACACAGGACAAUUCUAGAUUCCUGCUAACCCAGAAUUCAUUGAAGGGUGGAGGAAUAGAAGAUGGUUAUUCUUAGUGAUCUUAACAUCAAAAAUGUAGUUGAACUUUAAAUCACCUAUUAAAGAUCUAUUUUUUUAAAAACUAAACUAUAAGCUUAUCUUUAACUUAAAUUUUUAUUAUUUCAUGAAAUAAGCUGCUAUAAAGCCUGAUAUGUAAAGCAAGAUUUUCUUUUAAUUGACAUCUAAUGAUUUUUAAGCAUCAAAGUAGUUUUAAAUUUGGUAUUCUAGGAUUUCGUAAACAGCACUUCAGCUUUUAUUGAUAAUACAUUUGCAGAAUUUGGGCAUUGAAGCAAACAUUUGUUAAAUGUCUUAUGUGUCAGACAUGGUGAGAUUCCCAUUUAUUUGUCUUUUUAAUCUUUGAAAAUUUGGUCUCAUAACAGCUUUCCUCCCAUCAAACCUCAUCCCUGGAUUUCUUCCUCUGGAUAUUUUCAAGUUCUAAGAAGCCUCUCAUGAGAUAUGGAGACAAUAAGGGGAUAAAAAUACACUAGAUACAGGUGUCUCAUUUUACACAAGAACAGAAGGAAUCAUCCCUCUUUUGUAUCUCAUUCCCUUACUGAUGGUGCCUCAUAUCUAGUCAUCUAAAGUGGUGAUAUAACAAAGUUCUGAUUUCAACCUUAGAUUUUCACUCUAAAAUAUAUUGGUGACACUGACUUACCUGUUACUUUUUUUUUAGCUUUCUGGGUUUUCUGUAAAUUGUCUCUUAAUUAGCUGAAAGACCUUUAGCAUUAUAGGUUUUAGAGCUAAAGGAGAUCGUAAUACAUUGAUCGUUCAAAAUCCUUCAUUUUUAUAAAGGAGGAAACUGAGGGCUAGAAAAAUUUGUUUUGCUACAUACAGUUUGUGUUCUAGUCAGAUGAGCAGUAAGUUCCAGAGCCAAGAUUCAAUAGAUUUUCUGAUUACAAAUCUAGGGCUUUUUGCCUAAGCUAGUAUCUUGUCUGCAAAUUGGAGGCCUUAUUCUUCUGAGCUAUUAAGGAAAAAAUUUUUUAUAAGACAAGGCCUACCACCAAAACCAGACAACACCACCAUUGUGGAAUUCUUCUAGAGCAGUGUCUAAUUAUCUUUAUCCUUUGUUUAUUCUCUCCAAAAGAUUAUCUUGUCCCAUGGGGACUUAUUCUGAUAAUUUUCUCUUGAAAAUUAAUAAAAGACCCUGAAAAUUAAGUAAAAUUGAUCCGGUGCUUGAUGCUUUGUGCAUACCUUACCUCAAAGAACUUUAGCAGAUUUAACCAGGUAUAUAAAAAUGAAAUGUGUUAAUGUUUUUUGUUUCUAUUUUGUUUACAUUCCCAGUGUAUCACUCUCCCCUUCCCAGAAAGCUAUCCCUUAGAAUGAAAAGAAAGAAAAACAAUUUAUCAAAACUAACCACAACAAAGGCUGCCAUCUAUAGUGUUCUAUGCCCACGAUCUCCACCUUUGCAAAGGAGGAAGAUGCCUUCUUAUAUCUAUCUGGAGUUGAGUUUGGUCAGAAGUUUCUUCUGUUUUGUUGUUUUUUGCAUUUACACUGUUGGCUGUAUAUAUUUUCCUUGUUCUGUAUUUGCAUUACUUCAUCUCAAUUCAUAUGACUUUGCUUCUCUUUUUUCAUCAUAGUUAUUUCUUAUGUAAGCACAAUAAUAUUCCAUUAUUAACCAAGUACUUUGGAUCAUGUUUUAUUAGUCUUCCUGUCUCUCAAUAAGCAAAUAAAUAUUGGUUGCAUUGAA